AUGGUCAGCUGCCUGCGCUGGCUAUGGCGAUCACAUUCAUCUGGUUCGGCGAAUAAACGAAAUAAUCUUGAAGGGCAUAUUGCUUUGGUGACUGGUGCAUCAAGAGGAGUUGGUAGAGGCAUUGCUUUACAACUUGGUGAGGCUGGUGCGACAGUCUAUAUUACUGCAAGAGAACCUUCGAAAUCUUUAUCAUUUACUGAACAGAAUCUUCCAUCACUUGAAAGCACUGUUCAAGAAAUAAACAAGCGAGGAGGAAAGGCUGUAAAAAUAUAUUGUGACCACUCAGAUGGUAAUGCAGUCAAAAAUCUGUUUGAAAAAGUAGCUUUGGAAACUGGAGGAAAGCUCAACAUAUUAGUCAAUGCUGCUUUCUCUGGGUUGCCGAGUAUCGAAGCAUCAGCAGGAAAGAAAUUUUUCGAAUGUGACCCUAAUUUAUGGGAUGAUAUUAAUAAUGUCGGUCUUCGUAAUCUUUAUUUCUGUUCAGUAUAUGCAUCAAGAAUGAUGAAUUCUCAAAAAAAAGGAUUAAUUGUUAAUAUCAGUUCUGCUGGUGGCAUACAAUACUUUUUUAAUGUACCUUAUGGUGUUGGUAAAGCAGCGAUUGAUCGCAUGUCUGCUGAUAUGGCGCGAGAAUUACGUCCUUCUGGUGUAGCUGUUGUUUCAUUAUGGCCGGGUACUGUUAAGACUGAAUUAUCAGUGAAACUUAUAAAUAAUGGCAAAUUAAGUGCUAUCACAGGUAUAUCACAGCAAAUGUUGGAUAAUUCUUUAAUAAAAGGUGAAAGUCCCGAAUUUGCUGGUCGCGCAGUUGUCGCUUUAGCAUCUGAUCCUGUAAUUCUUAAAAAAUCGGGUCGUAUUUUAUUAACUGCAGAUUUGGCUUCCGAAUACGGUUUUGUCGACAUUGAUGGGAAAAGUCCAGUUAAUAUGCGAAAUUUGAAUACAGCUUUGGAAUAUUUUGGUUGGCCAGUUAUAGCGCGAUUGGUUCCCAAUUUCGUUAAGUUACCACCUAUUGCUCUUCAUAUUUCUUCCUACAAAUUUUGA